GUUCACACAGGAGCUUCACUGUAUGGGCUUUGAAUCCAUGAUUCUGAGUAGAAAUGGCCAGGCAGGGAGGCAGAUGCCAGUCGUCCUGUGUGCAGCGCUUGUGCAACUUGACAGGAAGGAAUCCUUGACCCCUCGCCAUUAUGUCCGGAAGAGCAAGGAAAACCCACAUUUGUGCCCACGAUGAUAUCUAAAAAAGCCGGGCUUACAGAAACAACGGGUUCAUAAUCUUACUUGAAUCAAUUUUCUCCUUCUAUUCAAUAGUUCUCCAUAGCUCCCGAUCCUAUCCGCGUAUAGCAUUCCUCUGAUAUCCCUAAUCCUCACACCCCUGUUGACACUUCCUACGCACUAACCUUAAAGCAGCUAAGCGCGCUCCGGGAACUCUUCCGCGCCGAAUCGCGAAAUAAUUUGAAGCCAAUCCAACGCCAACACUGCUCCUCAUAACGCCGACCAAUUCCUCCCCAUAAAACCAUGUCAAAGGCACGCUCAGCAACAGAUGUGGUGGUGAAGCUCAUCGUCGGAGCGGGACAGGCGAGUCCGAGUCCCCCCGUCGGUCCGGCGCUGGGUAGUAAGGGUGUGAAGUCGAUGGAUUUUUGCAAGGAAUUCAACGCCCGCACCGCCCACAUAACCCUCGGCGUCCCCAUCCCCGCCCGCGUCACCGUCCGCCCCGACCGCUCCUUCCACUUCGAGCUUCGCACGCCCACGACAUCCUACCUCCUCCUCACCGCAGCCGGCGCGCCGAUCCGCAAGUCGAAGCUCAAGGGCGCGAUGAACCCGGGGAAGGAGAGCGUGGGGACGGUGACGCUGAAGCAUGUUUAUGAGAUUGCGAGGAUUAAGCAGAGUGAGCUGAGGCUGAGUGGGUUGAGCAUGGAGGGCAUGUGUAGGACGGUUAUUGCGCAGGCGAAGAGUAUUGGGGUUACGGUUGUGCCGUGAGUGGGGAAGAGGGAAUGAAGGAGG